CUUUUUGUGGAAGGGAUGAGUCACGGGAAGGAAAUACACAUGCUCCCUAAAACAAGAGGUGCCUUCCCCCUCAAUAUUCCAGGCCCUCAGCAAAUUUGCAAAUCUCGGGUGUCACCAUGUAAGUCAAACGUCAGCGCGCAAACCGAGGACCAGAGCACCCUGCUCAGGGAUGCUGCGCGUUAUCCGUUAUCCGUUAUCACCCUGAGCACCUACUGUGCCACCAUGGUCCAGCACUGUGAAGCCCUCAAUCGGUCUGUCCAAGUCGUAAACCUAGAUCCAGCAGCAGAACACUUCAACUACUCAGUAAUGGCUGACAUCCGGGAACUGAUCGAGGUAGACGAUGUGAUGGAGGAUGAUUCUUUGCGGUUUGGUCCCAAUGGAGGGUUGGUAUUUUGCAUGGAGUAUUUUGCCAAUAAUUUUGACUGGCUAGAGAACUGUCUGGGUCACGUAGAGGAUGACUACAUCCUUUUUGACUGUCCAGGUCAGAUUGAGUUGUACACUCACCUGCCUGUGAUGAAACAGCUAGUCCAGCAGCUAGAACAAUGGGAGUUCCGAGUCUGUGGAGUGUUUCUUGUUGAUUCUCAGUUCAUGGUGGAGUCAUUCAAGUUCAUUUCUGGCAUCUUGGCAGCCCUGAGUGCCAUGAUCUCUCUAGAAAUUCCACAAGUUAACAUCAUGACAAAAAUGGAUCUGCUGAGUAAGAAAGCCAAGAAGGAAAUUGAGAAAUUUCUAGAUCCAGAUAUGUAUUCUUUGUUAGAAGAUUCUACAAGUGACUUAAGAAGCAAAAAAUUCAAAAAAUUGACUAAAGCUGUAUGUGGACUGAUUGAUGACUACAGCAUGGUUCGCUUCUUACCUUAUGAUCAGUCAGAUGAAGAAAGCAUGAACAUUGUGUUACAGCACAUCGAUUUCGCCAUUCAGUACGGAGAAGACUUGGAGUUUAAAGAACCAAAGGAACAUGAAGAAGAGUCUUCCUCUAUGUUUGAUGAAUAUUUUCAAGAACGCCAGAAUGAAUGAAGAGUUUGCCAAAAAAUAACUAUAUACAUGAAGAUCUUGUAGCCAAUGCAGCAAAAUAUUCUUCUCUUCGAAGGACACGAUGGUAGAUGGGGCUUGCAUUAAUGAAAAAAGUAGUACUUGGCUCUUUACCAGCAGCACGCCUGAAUCAGGUUCUGUGUACUUUUGAAACUGUUGCUGCUUAAAGUGGAAUCUUUAAGUAUUCUUUUAACAGCAUUGGUUUAGAGUUCAAGAGUGGAAAUGGAAUGCAUGUAGAUUUGUAUAUAAUAUAAAUUAGCGCUUGUGCUGUAGUCAAGGCCCACCUCA